GCUUACAUUCUCUGCUCCUGUAGACCAUUCCACCAACCACUGCUAAGGCUUCUAGGAAACCUCGGUCUCCUAAGCCCUUCCACCAUGCGCUUGCAGCUCUCGGAUCCUUCUGGGCACACACUGUUCGUAAUCACGGCCUCAAGUCGAGAGGAUUGUGCCCCUUACAAAUGCCCCGCCCGGCUGGAGCAAUUACUUAAGUCUCCAAGAAGGAGCGGCAGGGAGGGGGAGAGGAGAAGGCACCGCCUUCCUUCCUCUAACCGUCACCCGAUUGGAUAAGUGAAGAAGAGAAAAGGCGCUCUGCCUUCUCUUUUGCCCCCACCUAACAUUCUCUAAUUAUAAUAUUUAAAUUUUCAGAGACCAGUCACUUUAGGUCCGCCCAUAAUGGGGCGUGCCCAAGGGAUCAGUUCCGCCCUGCCAGAGGACAGACGAAUCAGCGGGCGUCGUGAAGCUAAUGGCCUGCGUAGCAAAUCUCUGGAAGAAAAGGGAGGCGGGGUGCGGGGUGAUGAUGGUGGUGGUGGUGGACUACGCCGUUGAGUAAGAAAGCAGCGUGGCGAAUCCAAGAGGGCCGAAUGACGCGGGAUGAGCAGAGUGAGACCGACAGGGAGGAGAAGGCGGGCUUAUGUAUGCUGAUAGAGGAAAUCACCAAUGGCCGGCAGUCCCCGAGGGUAGUGGGCGGGGCUAUGAAGAAGGCGUGGCUAUGCCGCUAAUCCGGGCUCAGUACCAAGGUUCCACGAUCUAGGGGUCUGGGGAACGGGAGGUGUGGUCUAUGCAGAUCUUUACAGUAGAGACCCCCCCGAAGACCACCAAUGGCCCUGCCUCUAGGGGAGCCAGGAGGCGUGGCUCGACGACUGCCCGCCAAUAGGCGACCCGCUGGGACCGCCGAGGGGCGGGGCAAUACAGAUAAGCCUCAGCUCAGCGGCCCAAUGGGCUGCGGCCUAUGCAGAUGAGACGGUGACAGCCGGGCCGGACCGGCGGGCGGGCGCGCGGCUGGCGGGGCGCUGGGGGGCCCCCAGGGAAGCCGGGAGCGGGGGCCGAGGCCCGGCGGAGGGGACGACGCGGCCAUGAUCCGGGCCUUUUCGUUCCCCGUGAGCCCGGAGAGGGGCCGGUUGCGGGGCUGGCUGGAGGGUAGCCUGGCCGGCCUCUGCGAGCUGCACUGGCUGCGGGAGCGCCAGGAGUUCCGCGUGCGCCAGGCGCUCCGGCUUGGGCAGCCGCUGGCUGCGGGGCCCGGCGGGGCGGCGGAGGAUGGCCGGGACCAGGAGGACGAGGCCCUGGGCGACGACGACGGCGACGAGGACGACGACGAAGCGGCGGCGCGCCGGGCCGCGGCCGCGCUGGAAGAGCAGCUGGCCUGCCCCCGGACCCUCAAGCCCAUGUCAUUCUCUCCAGGCCCUAAUUUCCCUGACCUGAUGCUCUCUGAUCGAAUCUCCUCCGGUUCAGCCAGCCCAGCCUUGGCCCCCGGCUGGGGGAGGAAAUGCGAGCCUCUGUUUUCUUUUAGGGGGGAAGAGGAGGCCCUGCCUGGGUUGAUGUGGGAAUUGGGUCAACAUCUGGGAGAGCUGAGCUUGGAUGCUGAAGGCCUGGAGGAAGAUGUUGGGCUGAGUUCAGGUUUCUAUGAAGGCCCUUCCCCUACUGGUCCAGACUCCCCUCCUUCAACUUUUGGAGCUGACAGUGGUUUCUCCGGCUCGGGUUCCUACAGCCGUCUGGGCCCCUCUGAGCCUCGGGGAGCAUUUGCCAGCGAGAGGCCCAAGUCUCUGGGAGAAGCUGGCCCCAGCUCCCAGGAGGCCUCUGGGGGAGGCCGGGCAGCUGUGCCCCGCUCCUUCUCGGCUCCCUACCCAACGGCUUCGCAGGAGACCGGGCCUGGGGGCGUAGCCACCUCCUUUUUGGCGCCCAGCCCGCUGCAUGCAGUGGCUCUGCAGAGCCCCCGCCUGCGCGGCCGCUUCUAUGCGGACUCCCCAGUCACCGGGCCCCCCGAGGACGCUGCUCCAGGCCGCCACUUGGAGAGCUACAUCUCGGGCCUUCUGCGGCGCCGGCGGCGGAUCCGCGGGCGGCCAGGCCCAGGCCAACCCCGAACCAGUCCCGGUCCCGGACCGGCCGAGCCGUCGGCGGCUCUCCGACGGCAGAACAGCGCUCGGCAGCGACCGGAGGAGCCGGCGCACUCUGGUGGGGGCGGCUCUCCUGGGCCCGGGGGCUGGCCGCCCUGGGACUCCAGCCCGCCCUCGACCGAGCCUGUGCCGGCGGCGGCGGGCUCAUCACCCCCCAGCCCAGGCGAGGGCCGCUUGGUGAAGGCCCAGUACAUCCCUGCAGCCCACGGAGCUGUCCGCGGUCCCCCAGUGGCCCGCGCCGCCCGCAGAAAGGGUCCGCCUCCCCCACCUCUUACUCGAGGCCGCAGCGUGGAGCUGUCCCCUCCCCGCGAGCGGCCGCGACCCAGCGGCGGCACCCGGAAGGGCCGCUUCCCAGACGGGGCGGUCCGCCGCGGCUCCCCGCGGGGCAAGAAGGCCGCCCGCUCGCAGUCCGAGAACAGCCUUCUGAAUCGGCCCGGCGCCGGCCCGGCGGAGCCCAAGUACCACACCGUGGAGAGGGAGGAGCCGCGGCCCGGCCGACCUCGACGGCCUCCGGCCGCCCCCGCCGCUGCCGCCGCCUCCUCCUCCUCGCGCCGCUGGCGCUCCACUGCCGAGAUCAGCGGCGAGGAGGCCGAGGGUGGACGGAGGGCCAAGGCGGUCCCACGAGGGGGGGCUGGCCGAGCCGCCGGGGGAGCCCCGGGGCCCUCGCCCGCCCCUCCCCGCCGCCUCCUCUACGGCUGUGCGGGCAGCGACUCGGAGUGCUCGGCGGGCCGCGGCGGGGCCGGGGGCCGCCGGGCUCCCCCUCUGGGCAGCGUCGGCGGCAGCUACGGGGGCAGCUACGGCCCAGCCUACGGUGAGAGCGAGUCGAGCGCCAGCGACGCCGAAUCCCUGGCCUUCAGCUCAGCCUCCAGUGACUCGGAGGGCAGCGGCGGUGGCCUGGUGUGGCCCCAGCAGCUGGCAGCCGCCUCGGCAGCUGCAGGCCCGGCCGGGGGUCCUGGAGGGCCCCAGGGGAAGGUCUUCGUCAAGAUCAAGGCCUCCCACGCCCUCAAGAAGAAGAUCCUGCGGUUCCGCUCCGGCUCGCUGAAGGUUAUGACCACGGUGUGAGCUUCUAGGGCGCAGUGCAGAGCCCUCUCUUCCGUGGCGGAUCACACUGCUAGCCAAGAACGCCUUGGGUCGCCCGCUGAUGCAAACUCGGCCUCAGUUUCCCUCACUGUAGAAUGGACUCAGUGAAGUAGGCGGUGUGGUGGAAAGAGAUUUGGAAUGAGGAGAUCUGGGUUCAACACCUCUGCCACUCACUAGCUGAGUGACCUUGAGCAAGUCCCUUCCCCUCUCGAGGCCUUAGUCGCCUCCUCUGAAAAACGAGGCGGUUGGACAUAUGACUUCUAAGGUCCCUGCCAGCUCUGACAUUCGAUGAACCUACGAGCCUCUAAGUAGCCCCUGCCCUCUGGAAGGUGUCUCUAUUUCCCUAUCCCUUUCUGGCCAAGGAAAUCCCCUAAGUUUGGACGCUCUUCUCCCUCACGUACCUCUAUGGGCCCGUUUACAGUCCAUUCAGUUGGGCCACAUUUCUACUCGCUUUCCAAUCCCUAUCCUACCUGUAGUGGAGACUCCCUCGAUGGCCAGUAGACUGUGGGAAUAUCUCUCCUAACCUCUGACGCGGUACACUGUGGGUCUCCAAUUGGUCCAGGUAGAAUCCAGUAGGGCUGAGCCUCCCUGUGACCUUCUCUGAUCCAGCUUGGGAGCUGCAAAGUAGUUGAGAGACGGAGCUCCCUGGUGCUUCCUAGCCCUCUCCUGGCGACUAACCUCGGGGUCAGGAGUAAAACGGGAUGGGGGAGGAACCCAAAGAUCCCCAGGGAUAGAAGACUAAGGAGGCCGGAGGGGGACCAAUCCUCAUUAGUUCUGGUUUUUAAAUGACUGUAUUUAUUAUAACGACGGCGACUCCCCAGGCAAAUGAGUGUGGGAAGGUGGAAGGUGUCGAUCUUGUUCAGCACUCACCUUUGCCCCAAGGGAGCCAGACCCUGUCUGUUUCUAUAUUCUCUUUGUAAAUAAAUUCACAGUGUUAUCCCCGUGGUGGCUUCCUCUGGCCCUGGUCCUGACAUGGCCGCCGUGUAGAGAUGGCAGCCUUGGCGUACUCUCUUCCAAUUUAAUCCAAUAAGCAUUUUUAAAAAUGUGUUUUCUAUAGGGAAGUGGAUAGAGAGCCAGCUUUGGAGUCAAAAGGACAUAGGUUCUAAUUUUGUUUCUGAUGCCUACAAGCUGUGUGACCCUGGGCAAGUCACUUAACUUCCUAACGCUUUAGAAGACUCUUUUAAGACCAGAGGCUGCAGAACUGUUGUUACUCUCUGUUGGUGGAAGGAAUUCCCUCCACCAAGGAAAUCACCUCCUUUGCCAUUUCAGAGCAUACUCUAUGACCUCUAAUUAGAGAGAAUCGCUUCCAGGUAGGUCCCGGGAUGCUGAGCAGUCAAAAGGUCACCCAGACCUUAGGUGUUGGGGGUGGAAUCGAAUCUAGGUGGUCCUUACUUCUGGCUGCCCCUUAGCCUUGCUUCCUCAUGCCCUGAGGAUAUACAGACAAACUGAGCAGAAAGCAUGCAAGCAGGUAAGACUGUAUGAUGGUUUGCUGAGAGGAAGCAUACUGAUAAAUGAAAAGAUCCAGGAAGGCUUCCCAGGGAGAGAACCAUGAAUGAGCCAAUAGGGAGCAAUAGGAGCUCUUGAACAGGGGGAGUCAUAUGGUCAGACUUGUAUCUGGAAGGAAAUGAGGGAUUCCGAGGCAGAAGUGAGGAGGGAGUACUUUUAAUUCAAGUCAACUGUCCUUUCUUAAGUGCCUAUUAAGUGCCCUGCACUGGACUAGCAGCUGGAGACGCAGAGAUAAGAAACUGACACCAUACUGGGCAGAGUAUCUAGACAAGCAGAUGCCAAUGAGAAAUGACAUACAAAAUGAGGCUCGGGUUGGUGGGGUUUCAUGGUAACUCCCAGAGGAAGAUAUUGCCUCUUCUCAGAAACUUAGAACUUUAGAGAGUUGUCUAGGGCACUGAGAAGCCAAAUGACUUGUCUAGGGUAACACAGCUAAGGAAAUGACAAAGGUAGGACUUGUACCCAGGUCUUCCUAGCUAGGAGACCAGCUUUCUAUUGAUGACCACUGGCUGGCUUCUUCUCAUACAAAAUCAAUACAAAGGCUAUUUGGGUGAAGGAAAGCACGAAUGAUUGGGGGAAGCAGGAAAGGCCUUUUGUAGCCGGUACUUGAACUGUGGCUCAUUUUCUGUCUCUGAGAAGGGACCAGCCGAGUCUCUGGGGAUGCUUCCCAGCCCUGACGUUUGAUUAUUCCGUAUGUCUCUGGUGUCCUUGAGUGUUCUUUCCAAGUCUUAAGGCUUCCGUUCCUGCCAUCCAUCCCACCCUGGGACCACUUCCUGACCCUCUGUGGGCAGGGAUAAACUUUAAAUUGAGAUGGGCACAACAGCUGCCCUCCCAAUAGGUCAAUCCACACACGUUCAUUGAUCUCUGAUGUUCCAAGGCACUGUGAGAGGCACCAGGGGGACAAGAAACCCUUCCCAGUGCCUACAUGCUCUCCCCUCUUUUCCCGUCUCCCAGAAGCCCUCGUUUUCAAGGCUCAGAUCUGAAGAGAUCUUGGCUCAUUUUGCCCUCUCCCGGCCCCCUCCCCCUCAGCUGCUAGUGGCCCUCCCCUUCGGCCUUGUAUUUAUUUGGUAAAUAUUUUGUAUAUAUUUAUUUAUGUCCAUGUUGUCUCCCCUGAAAGAAUGGAAGCUCCUCGAGGGCAGGGACUGUUUUCCUUUGUGUCUUUGUAUCCCCAGCGCCUAGCACAGAGCCUGGCCCAUAGCAGGCACAUAAUAAAAGCUUGUUGACUGAUUGCCUUCAA